AUGUGCAACUCCUGUUGUGGAUCCUGCUGCUCUGGCCAGGGCUGUGGCUGCUGCCAGCCCAGGUGCUGCCAGACCACCUGCUGCAGAACCACCUGCUGCCGCCCCAGCUGCUGCUGCAGCCCCUGCUGUGGUGGCUCCAGUGGCUGUGGUGGGUGCGGUGGCUGUGGUGGGUGCGGUGGCUGUGGCUCCUGCUGCUGCCGCCCCAUCUGCUGUAGGACCACCUGCUGCAGGACCACCUGCUGCCGCCCCAGCUGCUGCCGCUCCUGCUGUGGUGGUGGCUGUGGCUCCUGCUGCUGUCGCCCCUGCUGCUGUGUCUCCUCUUGCUGCCGCCCUUGCUGCUGUCGCCCCACCUGCUGCCAGACCACCUGCUGCAGGACCACCUGCUGCCGCCCCAGCUGCUGUGGAUCCUGCUGA